AUGUCGUUUCACACGCCGGUGAAGGCGUUAAACCCGGUGGACACGAAGCUACCCGAUCAUGUUGUCAAGGGCGCUGUGAUUGUGGAUGAAAAGAUCCACAAGUGGAAUCCAAGUGUCGUACUUGAAGCUAAUGGACCUAUGUCAGCCUUCAUAGUAAUAGACAAGAAGUCGGGAGAUGUCAAUGAAGUUAUAAAGCGAGUUGUGGUGGACUUGAAGUUACCCUCUAGCGAGGAGUACGGGCUGGUUUUUGAAGAGCCGAAAGCUUUCCUCACGCCUUCCAAUCUCUGUCGAGUGAGCCAUGGAUUUAUGCUCACUGUGACUGCCGCUCCGAGUCACUACGUGGGACGAAUUCAUGCAGCUCUUUUGAAUCGCGGCGAGAAUUUUGAUGACAUUGAAUGGGCCUUGAAUGCCCUGGAGUCAUUCUCUUCGAGUCACUACGUGGGACGAAUUCAUGCAGCUCUUUUGAAUCGCGGCGAGAAUUUUGAUGACAUUGAAUGGGCCUUGAAUGCCCUGGAGUCAUUCUCUUCGGAUCCCUGCUUCGUGUCGUGUUUCUACAGGUUGUCCAGUAUUCAGCUUUUGUAUGACCUUCUCGCUGAUGAUAGAAUUGAAAGCAGUCAAUCGUGCCUCAGUCUUUGCCUGAGUUCUCUUCGAUCAGUUCUUCAGUUAGAAGUGGACGGUAUAGGAUGGAGCAGAGCUUCACCUGUUCUAGUCAGCAAGCUUGCUACCUUGGUUACGGGAAGAGCAAAACGAGAGGAUUCCAAUGUGGUCUUGAUUGCUUUAGGAAUGAUUGAACAGCUUCUGAAUAGCGACAGUGAAGUUAUUCGAGAUCUUGUGUUGUCUGAAGUGCCUGCUCAGUCACUUAUUCGUCAUUUGGAGAAAUCUGACGAAAGGGUAGCCCUUGCAGCUUUGUCACUUAUGAAUGCAUUGCACAAUAAAAGCGACGCACCAAGUCGUGAGCAAAUUGUGAAGCAUUUCGCAUCUGUACCUUUCCACACGGCAAUCAGAGGAAGUGUGCUGCGAGAAGGUCGAUCACGCGAUGCAGCUCUUCUUUGUCAACUCGUACCUUUGCAGCGGCUACUUAUCGCAGAACACACAAAAUUUCUGGGAAUGCCUGUGAUAAGAAGCCGCGAUGUAAUUCGUUCAUCGGCUAGUGAUGAUACACAACUGAACGAGUGGACGGAUCAACUUCUCACUGCACCGUUGGGUAAACUCGCCAUCGAUACCUUUGCAAAGGUAUCGCUGAUGGCAAACAUUCUGAGGAACUUUGCGAAUUCGUGA